AUGGAAAGUAAAAAAUUAAAGAAAAGUUUACAAGUGCCGGAGGGAAGGGGGGAGGUUCCUGGCUCCCAGAUACCUAUUCGUAGGUAUAGUAAGAGUGAGGUGUCAUUAGGUGAGGUGAGCUCUACUAGUAUUAGUACCUUGGACCACUUGCAGAGUGUAGAGAGAGCUUCAGCUGAAUUGCAAAAGUUAUGUUCAGAUAAGAAGAUUACGGUUAAUUUGACCCAAAAAUUAGUGGAACUUUUUAGUGAAGUUACGAAUGUGGUACAUACUCUAGUAAUAGAAAAUGAGCAAUUAAAAGGUAGAAUAGAAAUGUUGGAAUCUGUGAGGUCUAAACCUGUAGUAACAAAGUCAUAUUCGGAAAUAGCAAGUAGAAUUAAUGUUCGACAGCCUAUGCAGGAAGAAGAUAAAGUAGUGAUAGUGAAAGGAUUAGCUACUGAAAAUGUUGAUAUUAUAAAGAAAAAAUUUUUGUCUUCUAUAGAUCCUAUACAAGAAAAGAUUAGGUUGAAGAGUGUACGAAAGACACGUAAUAAUUCCUUGUUGGUUGCUUUAGCAACGAAUAGUGAUAGGGAUAGAGUAUGUGCAAGUGAGAAGUUAAAACAGGCUGGUUUGGAUGUUAGAGUUCCUAGGAAGCGAAAACCGCGGCUGAUACUUAUAGAUGUUCCUAAGAUACUGGAAUCUGACGACUUAGUUUCUUUAAUAUAUGAUUUAAAUAGAGAUCUUUUUUAUCAAUUGGAUUCAGAUUUAGAUAUGUUUAAGUCAGAAUUUAAAUUAUUAUAUAAAGUAGGAAAAAAGCGAGAUAUAUUAGUUAAUUGGGUCGUGGAAGUAUCUCCGGAAUUGCGAAGGAAGCUACUUUUAUUAGGUAGGUUGUAUAUAGAAUAUAGGAGUUGUAUUGUUAAAGAUUAUAAUGAGGUAUUAAAGUGUUAUAAGUGUCAGUUAUUUGGGCAUUUUGCUAGAUUUUGUCGUCAGGAAAAAGAAGUUUGUUUUAAAUGUACUGAGGAAGGACAUAGAGCAAGAGAUUGUGUAUCAGUGGAGACAGUAGUGGCUUGUGUUCCAUGUAAAAAGAUGGGUAGGCCCUUUAAGCAUGUAUCCAGAAGUAGGGAAUGUGUUUCUUAUAAGCAGGCGUUGUUACGGUAUCAGCAAACGGUAGAUUAUGGAUAG